UUUUCCGCAGAAAACCAGUGAGAUAUCUGGUGCCAGGCUCGUUCUUUUUGAGCUCUCCCAAUAUAAACGAUGCCUCGUAUCUGGAAUCUAAUGAUGUUCGACGAAUGGUUCAUUCUUGGUUUGCACAAGCAUCUCAGUUAUACCGCUCGAGUGAUUGGUCAUCUUUUGGUCGGACUUACCUACAACGAGAUCUGGUAUUUAACAUUUUGGUUGAGAUUAUGGACUUCGAAAAGUGGAAAGACUGUCAGCUGUCUGAUACAUUUAUGGCAGACCAAUCAACGGUCUAUAUAUCGAUCUGGGCGCCUUGUACCGACCAGCAGACUGGGAAAAUCCAGCCGCCCGUUAUCAGCUUCUGUAUGGAUUCAGAUCCGACAGGUCUAUUGUCGCGCGCAGAGGUGGAGGACAUGCUCGACUUAGAAAUUACCCUGGAAGCAUGGUGGUGGGAGUGCAUGUUGCCACAGAAACAGCUCUCGACGAUUCAGGAGAUUAAUGCGCUCUGUGGAUUUGACCCGGCUUUGGGGGGUACGGACAUUCGCGAAUACUUUGACCUGCUCUCGUUGCAGCUUUCCAGCUGCGAGGAAACUGACGACCCAGUGAAGGACGAUUUGAAAAGUGAUGGCGGACAAGUACAAGCGCUGCACGCGAAAUCUAGAAACAACUGCAUGUUCUUGCUGCCACAGAUUGCGAUUGCACUUGCAGUUGCCGUGCUAUCCUCGAUGCUUUAUCAUUUUUGAGGCAGGAUGUUGACCCUUCCAGGAUAUAGUGACUGAAAACAAUAUCUCUUACUUGUACUUGCGGAUAAUCAGUUAAUCUACGACACUUCUGCAGUACACUUCUUUAUAGCAGCACAAACAUCCAUCGGUGG